AUGUCGGAGGGCGAUUUUUUUGGCGAAAUAGCGGUUUUAUUUUUUCUAUCCACGUUCCUCUUUCUGAGGACGGUUUCUCGACGUGAUGUGGUUGUGGAGCAGUUCUGUAGCGGUUCCCUCACCGUCUCCUCCAAAUCCGUAGUGGUGGAUAUACGCCUCUACGAUGAAUUGUGCUUUAUUCAUAACGGUCAUCCAGAUCUAUAUAUACAUCGGCUGUAUAUCCCCCAAAUCCAUCACAUCUUAACCCGUUCAAUCUCAAUCUUUCUCUUGUGCUAUUCGAAAUUCAACCUCUAUCCAAAGAAAAUGGCGAAUAAUUUGCGUAAUGCAAUCCAAAACCUUAACCUGGGGAUUAACGACGAACCUGUCGCUCUCCCCAUCGAUGUGUGUACUGAAGCUGUCCGAGUCAAUCAGUUUUCCUUAAUCGGAAGGGCUCUCAUUCCUCGUCGUCAGAAUCUCCGGGCGAUUGUUGCAACUUUACCUCGCAAUUGGGGUCUCACUGGAGUCAUUUCGGGCCGAGUGAUUGAACGCCGACGCUUUCAAUUUGUGUUCCCCUCUGAAGACUUGAUGCAAUCGGUCUUGAAUCGGGGACCCUGGUCGUACGGAGACAGAAUGCUCGUGCUUCAACAAUGGAGGCCAGAGAUGGAUGAGACUGAUCUCAAUAUCAUCCCCUUCUGGGUCCAAGUCAGAGGAAUACCAAUCCAAUUCCUGACCCGCAACGUGAUCUACCACAUCGGCGAUUCCCUUGGUCACGUCGAUGUCAUCGAUUUCAAUCCAGAAAUGGCGGCGGCGGUGGAAUUUGUCCGAGUGAAGAUACUUUUGAAGGAAUGUGGGCUGAUGACGCACGAUACAGGGGAGUGUAUCCCCAAUGAGGAAGACGAUGCACCGCCACCAGACAACAACGAUGAUGACAAUGGCGAUGACGACAAUGUUAAUCAGAUGGAGGCAGAGCACGUCCAUGUUCCCGAUCCAAUGAUUCAACAACUGGAGCGGGAGGCUCUAAACCAGAGGAGAUUGGAGGGUGAAUGGGGGCGUGGAGGAAUUCUCAUCUGCAGAGGAGUACUCACCAAUCCCAUUUACGGAGAAGGAUCUUACACCGAUCCCACAGUUGAUAGAAGAUCAAGCGAUGCGUAA